AUGAUUGGAUGCGAGAGCGAGGAGGAGAUCGAAAAGGUCUACGUGGCCCUGAAUAAAGAUUUUGAGAUGACCAAUCUAGGAGACGCGAACUAUUUCCUUGGAAUGGAAAUCUCGAAAGAAGAUGGCAAAUAUGGAAUUUGUCUGGAAAGCUAUAUUGGACGAGUUACGGAGCAGUUUGAAUUAUGUGACGCCAAGAAUGCAAAGACCCCAAUGGAGAAUGGUUUUAUCAAAACUCGAGAGAACAGUCCUCUACUAGAAACAACAUUGUUGUACAUCGCUGUAUGUGCUAGACCAGACAUCGCUGCAAGUGUGUCUAUUUUGGGAAGAAGUGUAUGUUCACCGACAGAGGCUGAUUGGGUAGCUGCUAAACGUGUGAUUCGCUACCUGAAAGGAACGAAAAAGUGGAAGUUAAAAUACGGAGAUCCUGAAGGUAAGCUGACUGGAUACUCAGAUGCGGACUGGGCGGGUGAUUUGAAAACUCGGAAGUCUACCACCGGAGUUGUAUACAUGUAUGCCGGAGGAGCAAUUUCGUGGACAAGCCGUCUACAGGAUUUCGUAACUUUGUCAUCGAUGGAGUCGGAAUAUGUAGCACUAAGUGAGGCAAGCCAAGAAGCGGUUUGGUUAUUGAACCUAUUCGAAGAUUUCGGAGAGCCGUCGUUCAAGCCAGUCACGCUGUGGGAAGAUAACCAGAGUUGCAUCAAAUUUGUAAGUUCAGAGCGGGCAACGAAGCGAUCGAGACACAUAGAGACACGUCAGUGUUAUGUUUAA